AGCAAGUCUUCCAAUUAUCUAGCUUCUGCUCGCAUUUGCCGUGUGAACUGCAUGUGCCUUGUGGUAUCACAACCUCCCAGCACGGUUUUACUAAUUUUUUGAUCGAUUUCUCCCGACAUGUUUAUUAAACUAAGUGUUAUUUUCGCCGUUUUACGGUUUGCCGCCGGCCAAGACAAAAUCCUGGACUGGGAACUAGCAGUAGCGAUUGGCAACCACAUAGAACUGCUACAGCCAAAUGGUUCUGUAAUACAGUCGUCAACACAACCAUUCAACAAAUUAAAGGCACUAACAUACGACAACAUCCGUGACCAAUUCAUUGUCAGUAACACAGACAGACUGAACGAUACCAUUUUCACUGUCCAGCUGACCGAAGAGACUGAUACCGAUAUUACACCGAUUAUACAAGAUCUUCCCGAUGAUGUUCUUGGGUUAGCCAUAGAUCCAAUAGAUGACGUAUUAUACUGGACAGACGCUAUAAACAGCACUAUUAACUACGUUGCUAUGAAUGAGACCCUCUACGAGUCCAAGGAAUUUCUUUCCUUCAAACACGAGUACCCCCAUGCCAUCGUAAUUGACAUAUGCAAAAGGUACAUAUAUUGGACGAAUCAGAAGUCCGAAUACCCUUCCAUAGAAAGAGCAAGGCUGGAUGGUACUGGCCACGAGACACUGGUAGAUCGUGAUGUUGUAACUCCCGAAGGAAUAGCGAUAGACUACCAGUCCCAAAGACUGUACUGGGCAGACAGUAGAGGUGGCUCCAUCUACGGGAGAAUCGAGAGUACCACCCUGGAAGGAAAAGAGAGAGAGUUGGUACACGAAGGUACCCACAUCAAGCCAUUUGGUCUAGCGGUCGAUGGGGAUACAAUAUAUUGGACAGAUAUUAACAACAACGGCGUGUAUCGCAUCUCCAUAUCGAAAAAGUCGGAGCCUGAGAAAAUCAUCGAAUUCGAUGGAAGGCCUAUGGGGCUGGUGACCAACAAUUUCCGCAUCAACGAUUUAAGCGAGUGUAAAUACAUAGAAGCAGGCAUCAAAACGGUUAAGGAAGGCGAGAGAGAAGAGACAGCCGAAGUCUCUCAGACUGAGGAACCGGAAACGAAAAGUUGCUUAAACGACGGAGAGCUCGUCGAUAAUAAGUGUUUGUGUAAGAGAGGUUUCAACGGCACGUACUGCGAAACAUCCAUCUGCCACAAUUUCUGCGUCAACGGUGCGUGUCGCAUAUCCUACUUGGGAAAGCUCACGUGUCGCUGCGACGCAGGUUUCGUCGGUGGACGUUGCGAACGCAACAAAUGCGACGACUUUUGUUUGAAUGGUGGUGAAUGCACCAUCGUUUCGCCUCGAGAUAGGCCGCAAUGUCGGUGUCCUAACGGAUUCAUGGGGGACCGAUGCGAGUAUAGUACCGAGAUCUGCGACGUCUACUGUACGGAUAGAGGGGACGAUCUCUUCUCCGAGAAGUUUGAGUUGCUGUGCAGGUGUAGCGAGGGCUUCAACGUAUUCUCCGACAGAAACCGCACAGCCGCGAGAUUGUCGGCCUCCAAGGAACAGGACAACUUCUUCAGCAGUCUAAGCAAUCCUCUGUACUAUCUCGCCGCUUUGGUACUUAUUUGUUUGCUCAUUAUCAUUACGCUCGCCGUUUACAUCCGCAUCAUCCGCAAGAGGCGCCCCAGGAUCAAGAAGAGGAUCAUCGUCAACAAAAACGUCACGCCUUUAACUUAUCGGCCACAGCCUAACACGGAACAGUGCGAGAUCACCAUCGAGAACUGUUGCAACAUGAACGUAUGCGAAACUCCCUGCUAUGAGCCAAGGAGUUUCCAGGAGGACAAAAAGACCCUUUUGUCGAACAUGGAGGGCGAAGACUUUUAACUUCUAUCUACAUUAGAUAGGCUGUGACUGUAUAAAGUAUUAACGUUGUUAAGUUUUAAUAUUUAUAUUUAUAUAUAUCAAAGACUAAGUACCUUAACUGUUGAACAGUAAUGUGUUCAAGGAUUGAAGCACUUUUGCCAGUUAAGAAAACAAUGAAAAGGAAACGCAUGUGCAUAGAAAACAUCAAAAAUAUUUUUUAUUUUAUUCCAUUGAAAGGGGUUGAUGCACAAUUCGAAUAAAUUGAAUUGAAAAUUAAAUUAGUUAUAUGAUGUGUAAAACUUAGUGUUGAGAGGUUGGCUUAAAAAUGUGGUCAUAUUUGACGGCAUGAAGCUAAGGAAAUUUUUUAGUCAGCUAUGGAAACUAUGAAUUGGGAAUACUUUUUUGCUAUAAGCCAAUCUUUUAACACUAAAACUUACAUCUUAGAUUAGAAACACGUGACCGCGAUUAUUGAAAAUCAGAAGUGGGAUACUUUGCCAGAAUCUUAUUAAAAAGACAGACUUUAACUUAAUCUCAAACGAUCAUUCCUAGGUAAUUAAUUUCAAUCGCCAUGACAUCCCAGUACUUAUUUCAGUGGCAUAUUUCAUUGGAAUACUUAUUGAUCUACUUAAUUUUUCAUUUUUUUUAAGUAAUUUUACUUAAGCAACUUUACCAAGUGUUGAUCAUUUGGAGGAUAAUUUUUAAUAGCAAAUUUUUAAUGGUACUUCAAAUCAUAUUUAUUUAAUUUUACCUUAUUUUCAUGUAGCUAAUUCGAGUGUUGUGGAUAUUUAUAUUCUUAAUAUCUAAAUAACCAAAAAUUGAAACAUCUGAAACGAUAAUUAAAGAAAGGUGUAAAUAAGAACAACAAAAAUAUGUUUUACCUGUCUACAACACUUUAUACACCAAAUGUACAGGAUGUUUAAAAAUAUUGUCAAUAUUCAUACUCAGUUUAUUGCGCAAUUACGAGAUGUUUUUUUUUUAAAUACAUAAUUUAAGCAGCCUUAGCAUGAAUAUCGAGACAAUAUUUUUAGUUCCUCUACGAGUUUUACGAGUUUUUUUUUAUUUCUGUUGAUUUAAAAUUUUAAUUGAACUCUGUAAAUAGUUUUCUAGUAGGAGGUUGUGAGUGUAGCCUAACAAUCUGUUUAGCCAAAAUAUUUUGCGACUUAAAAUGUGCCUAGUACUUAUUUUUUAGGCAAUCAUUUUCUCGUGAAGGUGGUGUAAACUGUAAUGUUGUACAUUACUUAAUUAGGAGUACGUCUGUGGUUUGUAAUAUCCACAUCAGAAAUGUGAUAUUAUGAUCUUAAGAACAUUUAGAAUAAAUUUUGUAUGUAAAUUGGUAAGAAAAUAAAUAAUUUAUUAAAAUA